CAUGGCAUCACUGAUAAAAUCCGUAUACCACUGACAUUUGAAAAAGACUUACAGUGGCAAUGCCAUUUGUCAUUGCACGUGCCAGUUUAAAAAUUUACCAAAACAAUUAAAACCCCAAAAUAUACCAUUUUAUACUGAGAAAUCAUUUAAGAAGUUUAAUUAUUAAAAAUAAUGGAUAACGAAGAAAUGGAUCUAGAAUAUGUUGAAGCCGAGGAUGCCGAAGAGUCAGGUGAAGAUGGCAUGGACAGUGAAAAUGAAGAAGGGACAACAGAUACGGCGAAAACUAAAGAAGUAUACCUGCCGGGUAAACCCAUAGAAGAUGGUGAGGAGCUUGUGUGCGAUGAGUCUGCAUACGUAAUGCUGCAUCAGGCUUCCACAGGUGCGCCCUGCCUCAGCUUUGAUAUUAUUCCCGAUGAACUUGGCAGCGGUAGAGAAAAGUUUCCCUUAACCGCUUAUAUGGUGGCUGGAACACAAGCGGCGCGAACACAUGUUAACAAUUUGAUUGUUAUGAAAAUGAAUAAUUUAUAUAAAACACAAGAAGGUGGAGAAAAUGAAGAAGACGAAGAUGAAGAUGAAGAACUUGAUGAUGACCAAGAUGAUGUUGGAGAAGCUGAAGAACGCAAGAAACCACAAAUGACGUGCGCUUUGAUCAAACAUCAGGGUUGUGUGAAUCGUGUACGUACUCGGCGUUUAGGUAACAACGUCUAUGCAGCAUCAUGGAGUGAAUUGGGACGUGUAAAUAUUUGGGAUUUGUCGAAACAACUGCAAGCGGUUGAAGAUGCACAACUACUGAAGCAAUAUGAACGCGAAAUUGUUAAUGAACCGGUGCGACCGGCCUACACUUUUAGCGGCCAUCAGCAAGAAGGCUUUGCGAUAGAUUGGAGUGCUUGUGCAGAAGGUGUACUGGCAACGGGCGAUUGCAAGCGUGACAUCCACAUUUGGUCACCUUUAGAGAGCGGCAGUUGGAAAGUUGAUCAACGACCAUUGAUUGGUCAUACUGCUUCUGUGGAAGAUUUGCAAUGGAGUCCGAAUGAAGCGAGUGUUUUGGCCUCCUGUUCUGUAGAUAAAACGAUACGCAUUUGGGAUUGUCGUGCACCACCACAAAAAGCUUGCAUGCUAAUAUGUGAAGAUGCACAUCAAAGUGAUAUCAAUGUUAUUUCCUGGAAUCGCACAGAACCGUUUAUUGCAAGCGGUGGUGAUGAUGGUUUUCUUCACAUAUGGGAUUUAAGACAAUUUCAAACGAAGAAACCCAUUGCCACGUUCAAACACCAUACCGAUCAUAUUACUACCCUAGAAUGGAAUCCUAAUGAUGCGACUGUCUUUGCAUCCGGUGGUGACGAUGAUCAAAUUGCGUUGUGGGAUUUGGCGGUUGAAAAGGAUGCAGACCAAGAGGUAACACCUAAUGCAACGGCACAAACACAAAGCGAAGACGAGUUAAAUAAAUUGCCACCGCAAUUACUAUUCAUUCAUCAGGGGCAGAAGGAAAUCAAAGAAUUACAUUGGCAUCCACAAUUACCCGGUGUAAUAUUGUCAACAGCACACAGUGGCUUUAAUGUAUUUAGGACGAUUAGUGUUUGAAAAUAAACCAAAAAAAAAUUAAAUAAAUAAAAACUGUUUCAUUUACAA